AUGGACCCGCGUGCUCAGGACGUCCUACUGUGUGACCUCUGUGAAACUGACCCCCUACAGUAUCUCUGUGAACAUUGCGAUAUCAAUCUUUGUACUGACUGUGUCAGUAAACAUCUCUCAGAUUCCUCUAAAAAACACAAAAUCGCACCCUAUCAUUUACACAGAAAGUUUACUCCUAAAUUCUCAAAAUGUCUGAAACACGCCGACAAAGAUUGCGAACUGUAUUGUGAGAGCUGUCACAUUCCCGUCUGUUCUAACUGCAUCUCCUCAGGUAAACACAAAGGUCACGAUCUAUCAGAUAUUCUGGAAAAACUCGGCUCUAAAAAACAACGCAUACAAAAAGAUUUAGAAGAACUCGAGAAGAAAAUUUACCCCCGAUAUACGGAAAUUUCCUCCGCUGUCCAAACUGAGAAAGCCGAAGUACAAACGAAUUACGGAAAACUGGCCACAACUGCUGACCAACAAGGAGAAGUCUGGCAUCGCGAGGUCACCGCCAUUGUCAACAAACGGAAAGCAAACAUUGUAGAGACAAAAACUAAACAUCUCUCUCUAUUAGAUAAACAAGCAGAUGAAAUCACGCACAGAAUGACUGAAAUCAACCAGGCCAUUCUAGAAAUGAAAAACAUCCUGGACAACAACGACAUCUCCUUAACAUCAACUUACAAAUCUAGAAAUGAUGAAUUCAAUAAACUGCCUCCUACAAUCAAAGUUACAUUACCAAGCUUAUCUACUCCAACAAUUAACACAGAAAAACUUAACGAGAUGUUUGGUUUAUUAUCUUCACUCUCCGUUACAACAGUCAAACCACUGCUUGAUGAACCGCGACUUACCGCCGCCAUAGACACUGGGUAUAACACACUAUCCAGUGUUAGCUGUCUGAGUGAAGAUCAAGUCUGGACAGGCGGGAAUAACAAAACCAUGAAGCUGUUCAACCUCCAGAAUUUACCAGUGUACCAAGUUUGA